AUGGAGCUCCUGGACGAUGACGCGGCUGGCGAUUUGAAGAGGAAGAAGAGGAAGAGGCAUGUGGGAGAAAAGCAAGAAGAGAAGGGAAAUUAUAGAGGAGGCAGUGGAGACUUACUUUUCAUUGAGAAAUCUAAGGGUGUUGAGACUUGUGACUUCGCAGCUAUGGAGUCAAGCAAUUCUGAGGGGAAUGACCUAAAAGUCGAAGGAGUAGCUGAAGUCACACAACAUCUGGAGAAGACAAUGCUGGAGGAGAAAGAAGACCACGACGACGAUGACCAGGAAGAGGAUGGCGACGAUGGAGACAACUUGACUACCAAGAGAAAGAAGAAAAAGAAAAAGAAGAGAGGGUUAAAGGGACAGACUGACCCCCCCUCCAUCCCCAUUUGCCAACUUUAUCCCAGUGGAGACUUUCCUAAGGGAGAGGAGUGUGAAUAUCCGCCCUCAAAAGACGGGCGCAGUGCGGCGUGGCGGACAUCCAGUGAGGAGAAGCGAGCGCUGGACUCAGCCAACCAGGAGAUGUGGAGUGACUUCAGGCAGGCAGCUGAGGCUCACCGCCAAGUUCGGUCCUACGUGAGGAGCUGGAUCAAACCAGGCAUGACAAUGAUAGACAUCUGUGAGAAGCUUGAAGAUUGCUCCAGGAGACUAAUAAAGGAGGACGGACUGCAGGCAGGCCUUGCUUUCCCCACCGGCUGCUCUAUCAAUCACUGUGCUGCACACUACACUCCAAAUGCUGGCGACCCCACAAUCCUGCGCUACGACGAUGUCUGCAAAAUAGACUUUGGGACUCACAUUAAUGGACGAAUAAUCGACUGUGCCUUCACUGUCACUUUUAAUCCAAAGUAUGACGGACUGCUGGAGGCUGUGAGAGAUGCGACAAACACCGGAAUCAAGUGUGCAGGUAUCGACGUGCGGCUGUGUGAUGUUGGUGAGACCAUUCAGGAGGUCAUGGAAUCCUACGAAGUGGAUAUAGAUGGCAAAACCUAUCAAGUGAAGCCGAUCAGGAAUCUCAAUGGUCAUUCUAUUGGACAGUACAGGAUACACUCAGGGAAGACCGUUCCUAUUGUUAAAGGAGGAGAGGCCACAAGGAUGGAGGAAGGUGAAGCUUAUGCCAUCGAGACUUUCGGCAGUACGGGACGUGGUGCAGUCUACGAUGACAUGGACUGUUCGCAUUACAUGAAAAAUUUCAACGUGGGACAUGUGCCGAUAAGGCUUCCAAGGGCCAAGCACCUACUGAACGUAAUAAAUGAAAGUUUCGGCACGCUGGCGUUUUGUCGUCGCUGGCUGGACCGUUUGGGAGAAAGCAAGUACCUGCUGGCACUAAAGAAUCUGUGUGAUCUUGGGAUCGUGGAUGCCUACCCACCCCUGUGUGACAUCAAGGGAAGCUACACAGCGCAGUAUGAACAUACCAUCCUCCUCAGGCCCACCUGCAAGGAGGUUGUCAGUCGGGGCCAUGAUUACUAG